AUGAGGGAAGGUCUAAACGACUGUAGAAUGGCUGCUGUAUUAGAUCCCAAUUUCAUGGUCAACUUAAGAUCUGCAAAGUACAAGAUUGAGAAAGGUGUGAAGCUAGAGCCAAUUGAAGAAGUGAAUGAAGAGCAUGUGGGAAUGGUGAUGGAACCGCUUUCUCACAGACGAGCUGAGGUUACUGACAUGGGCCCUGUUGCUGGAAACUUUGGCGUGACUAGAAUGACAUUAACUUGUCCUUCAAGGGGACUGGUUGGUUACAGAAGCGUGUUCAGCAGUGACACACGUGGCACAAGAUUUAUGCAUCGUGCAUUUAUGGCUUAUGAAAAAUAUUGUGGUCCACUUGGAAACGUCAGGAAAGGAGUGUUGGAUUGGAAUUUUACCAUUCCACUUGGCACUAGUAAACAACCCCCAACACCCUUUUGUUAUCUUGACUUUUGCAUGUUCAUCAUUCAACCAAAUGUAUUUUCAUCAUGUUGCAGGUCUGUAGAAGGGCAGUUUGGGUUUUUAUUUAUUGGAUUUUAUCAUAUUGAAAAUGAAUAUGGAUGUAUUGAAGACUCAUUUGGCCAAAAAGGAAAGGACUCUGUAAAAUGGGCUGCAGAAAUGUCUGUUGGGCUUGGAGCUAGUGUUCCAAGGGCUAGAUGGAAGGAAAAUGAUGCUCUAGAAUACAUUCAUCAACAAACUUAUAAGCAUAUGACGCGCAUGAACAAAAGUCUUGAUGAGAAAUUGAAUAUUGUUUCAGAUGUAUCAUUUUCUCCUGUUGACUCACAUGAACAAAAGUCAACGGAUAUUAUUACAAUGACAGAUAAAGACCACCUGCCAUCAUCUUUAAUCUUGGAUGAGGAUCAACUCUCACCACCAGGCAGAGUGGAGACGCCUGUCAUGGAGGAAACAUCUGUUGAUUUACCUGCAGUUCCAUCUUAUGUGGAGUUAACUGAAAAACAACAAACAGAUGCAAGGAAAAUGACAAUCAAAAGGAUUAUAGACUCUUAUAAGCAGUUAAGAAGGGUGAAGCUUGUGCAGACACACGACAUUGCUUUCUUGACUGGUUGUUCAGGUGAGGGUAGACUUCUCUUUUGA